GGUGCUGUUUACACUAGAUACGUAUUUGAUCGUCGCUCAUUUUCAAUAUUUUGUUUUUGACAGAAAGGACAGAAUAAGUAUCCUUGCCAAAGCCGGAAUGUUCGAUAGAAUAAAUAUUAAAGUUUUGGGGGUUCUAUCAUAAAAUCUAUCGAUCGAAGGACAUGUUCCUUGCCGAUACUGGCGGCGUUUUAACUAGCCAAUUUUGUAAAAACGGCUAUAUUAAUGUAAAACGUAAUUCAUGGUUCGGUUUAAUAACUUUCCAUUUAAGAUAUUUAUCAUCAACGGAUAAAGGAAUACUCGGUAAAGAAAAGGCGGCCGUCAAGGAUUGCAAAACUUUAGACGAAAAACAAAUAAAGAAAACGAAAAUACAAGCGUUUCGCAUAUACCGAUGGAAUCCAGAAAAGCCAAAAGUAAAACCCCAUAUGCAACAAUACAACGUGGAUUUAAUGAAUUGUACUGGUACCAUGAUAUUGGACGCUCUAAAUAUUAUCAAAGCAGAUCUCGAUCCAACUCUAUCCUUUCGAAGAUCUUGCCGUGAAGGAAUUUGUGGAAGUUGCUCUAUGAACAUCAAUGGUGUUAAUACUCUAGCUUGCAUCACAAAAAUAGAACAUUCAUCGAAACCGAUUAUUAUUUAUCCUUUACCACAUACCUAUGUAAUCCGAGAUUUAAUUGUGGAUAUGACACAUUUUCUUAGCCAAGUUCAUUCAACUGAACCAUUUUUAAAACGUCCCGGAGAAGGCAGCUUUCUUGGUUUAAGACAAAUCUUACAGAGUCAGAGAGAUAGAGAUAAACUUAAUUCAUUAUACGAGUGUAUCCUUUGUGGAUGCUGUUCAUACUCCUGUCCUCCAUAUUGGUGGUUAGGGGAUAAAUAUUUAGGACCAGCUGCUCUUUUACAGGCAUACAGAUGGAUGAUGGAUUCACGAGAUAUGGCGUACAAAGAGAGGCUUAGUAAACUAAAAGAUUUUUAUUCGGUUUAUCGAUGUCACACCAUCUUUAAUUGUACUAAAACAUGUCCGAAGGGUUUAAAUCCUGGAAAUGCAAUAGCUCAAAUAAAACGACAUCUUGCUGGACUUACGUCUAAACAGGAACCGGAUUUAGAAACACCAAUGCCGAAUCCUUGUCCUGGUGAAGAAGAUAUUUACUCUUGUAGAAAGGAAUGAUGAAUAAUGCAAUAUCGAUGAUCUUCAAAUAAAACAGUUCAUGUUGAAUUAUAUUUUUUGGAUGUAUAAUAUACCAACUAUACUCAAGUAAAAACAAACAUAAACAUAACGCAACAAAACAAAUUUAUUGUCACAUAUGCUCGUAUUCUAUUAUGUGAAACUUCGCUUAAAUUAUUUAUAAUGAAAUGAUACAAGAUAUUUUAUUACUAUGUCACGAUGAAAGAAAACCCACUAUAAAGUAGAUCAAACUUUUAAAUUAAUUAAAAAUAUAUGCAAAAUAGAGAUAACAUAAGAUGUUAGAGAUAAAGGUUUCUUUCUAUGUCAGAAUAACACAUAUUUCUAUUGACAUGAUAAUGAGUCAAAAUAAAAUACAUGAACUAGAAAUCACAUAUAAAUCCUUAUUGAAAAAAUCAACAGUAUAAAUCACAGAUAUACAAGCACCACGUAUGUUGUUAAUGAAAAAUGUGAUUGGAUUAUUUGUUGCAUGUAAAUUUGUUUUUUAGAUUACGCGUUAUAUGUAUACACAUCACUACAUUUAUAUGGAACAUAUAAAUAUCACAACAAAAUCAUUCAAUAAUAGAAAAAGGUAAACGUAUUACGCUAUUCUUUGUGUGAUUAACAUAAUUAUUUUAUUUAAAAAAAGUCAAUACUCUCUUCAUUAUUUGUACUAAUAAUUACAUAGACCCGCUAGCAGGCUGUAUUUAGUCAAAAUAUCUAUAAUUCUAUUCUUGGUCGUUUCAACAGACCUGCAUACGUGUCAUGUUUGUAUCUAUCAUCUGUAAGUAAAUUUAUAGGAGGGCAGUUCUCGUCCUUAUCAUAAUUAAUUAAUGAAUGUACAGUAUUACGCAUAAAAUGAUCUUGUAGCCAAGGAUGUAAUAACACCUGCUUGAUGGUAAUUCGCUUUUUAGGAUCUACUGUCAUCAUACGUUUAAUCUAAAAAUCAAAUCUUUUUGUUUUAUAUAAUUCUACAUUUUUUUAUCUGUAUUAUUACAUAUAAAUAUAUAUAUAUAUAUGUAAAUUUUCGAA